AUGUCUCUGAAAGAGAACGCUGGGAAUGAAGUUGCCAGGAUGUCAUUGAAAGACACCGGCGCCGAUAUAAAAGAAUUCUUAGAUGGUAUCAACUUGGGGCAGUACUUUUCUAACUUUCCAGCGUUCGGGUAUAAUACUUUGCAAGACUGCGUGGGGAUAAACAACAGCAUGCUGCAACAAAUGGGAAUAUCUCCUACUGGGCACCGCAGAAGGAUCCUCAAGCAGUUGGAAGCCCUGUUUUCCAAAUUCCAAGGAAAAAGUGCCGAAGUUGAAAGUCACAAUUCUGACCCUCGGGGUCUAAAUUUGAAUGGGGGUGGAAUAAAGGGCAGGAUAUCCAGGGAGCGGACAAAUGCCGUCUGUGGCAAUAAUUGCAUCUGGGAAGAAAACCAAGAGUUUGCAGACAAUGAGUCGCAGGAACUCAAAGGCAGCCCAUCUUCACAACUGGACUCUCUUAAUGCAUCCUGUCUGCAGUCAAACUGCUCCGCAGAUGUUUCUGCUGAGACCGAAAGUGCACUGGAACGUGGGAGGCCCGAAACGGCGUCUCGCGCAGGUGAACCUCUGGAAAAAGGACAAACCGAACUUGUGAACGCGCGAUCGGAAGAGGCCCCCGCAGAGAAGGCUACUCCAGAGGCUUUAUGUUCCUCUGAAAUGAAGUUUGGUGAGGAGGGGGAUCGGAUCUAUUCAGGACGGGAAAGCUUGCCCUGUGGUUCGCCGUUCGUUGAGUUUAAAGGCAAAAUGGUGGAGAAUGAUCUGUACGGCCCUUGUAAGCAAAGAAGGGGGAAAGCGGCUCCUAGGACCACACGGUCAUUCAUGCUCCGGCAUCGGCCUGUACCACAAAUACCCGGCUCUUCCAAAGCUGCUGCGCCACCAAGCUCCCUGCAAGAAAGAAGAAACCUCAACGGCUUAAGUAUUUCUUGUUCUGAGAACCUUCUUUCGCAAAAUGGUGAUUCUGCUGAGGAAAAGCCACCUCCCAUAUCUCCGUAUGGUGAAACCUUCCUUUUUAAUCCUGCAGAAGAAUCCGUAAGUCGUUCUUUGCUAGCAAAAUGCCACUUUCCACUGUGGGUGGGAUAAUGUUGCAGAGGGAAAAGGGGUGGGGGGAGAAACAGAGAAAUCUGCGGCAGCGAACUCUCAAGCCUCCGGGAAAAGGACAGAGAUGAGAGAGACGCUGAAAGCGAUACCCUUCCUAGCAAAACAUGCAUUCCUAUUAAUAAUAAUCAAGCGUGGAAAAUCCAUGAAGAGAUAGUGGACAGCAGAUUGGUACCUCUGGAGGAUAAGUAUGCGUUGCCGAACAAAUUUGCCGGUGAACCAGAAUAUUCUGUGGUCAAAGAAUGUCCUCGGUAUGCAAGAAGGGGGAAAUACAAACCAUCCAAAAACAACAACAAAGAGUUAAAAACUGGGAAUCUGGACUCCGCUGCAGCUCUGCACGUUUACUCUACCCAACAUGGCGGUGUUAUUAACGAGUUUAGUGAUGAUCCCGUGCCUAGCCCCAGAGACUCAAUAAUGCCCUAUGCCUGUUUUUAUGGAUCAUCAAUGAAGAAGGUGAAAGAAGGAUGGCUGGACAAACUGUCACCUCAGGGAAAGCACAUGUUUCAGAAGCGAUGGGUGAAGUUUGAUGGUGACAACAUUUCUUAUUACAACAACGAGAAGGAAGUGUACUCCAAAGGAAUAAUCCUCCUGUCUGCUGUGUCUGCAAUCAGAGUCCACGGGGAUAUCAAGUUUGAACUCGUUACUGCACACAGGAUAUUUGUGUUCAGAGCCGAAAAAGAAGAUGAAAGAAAUGACUGGAUUAAUACAAUACUUGGUGCUUUGCGGCUGCAACCUGAAAUUUCUUGCACACGAAACAGCAUUGUCCCUCCUGAGAAAAGUGGGUAUCUGGAACUGAAGGGAUACAAAGCCAAAAUCUUUACCUUGGUUCAAGGAAACCAUGUGUGGAUUUGCAAAAGUGAACAGGAUUUUCGAACUGGUUAUGGGAUCACUGUAAUCCCCAUGAACGUGGCUAAUGUGAGACAGGUUGACCGUACUGCAAAGCAAUCUUUUGAAAUCAUUACACCCUAUAGAAGCUUUAGCUUCACGGCUGAGUCCGAAAAAGAAAAGCAGGAGUGGAUUGAAGUGCUGCAACAGUCCAUCGCCGAAACUCUCUCUGACUACGAAGUAGCUGAGAAGAUCUGGUUCAAUGACUCAAACAGGACCUGUGCUGAUUGUAAAGCUCCCGAUCCUGACUGGGCAUCCAUCAAUCUCUGUGUCAUCAUUUGUAAGAAGUGUGCAGGCCAGCACAGAUCGUUGGGGCCCAGAGAUUCGAAGGUCCGAAGCCUCAAAAUGGAUGCCAGCAUUUGGAGCAAUGAGCUCAUUGAGCUUUUCAUUGUGAUAGGGAACAAGAGGGCAAACAGCUUUUGGGAAGGAAAUCUUCAGCCCAACGAGGAACUGCCUACGGAUGCCCCGACAGACAGGAGGCUAACUUUUAUUACACAAAAAUACAAAGAGGGCAGGUUCAGGAAAACCACUCUGCUUUACAAAACCAAAGAAGAGCUAAAUAAGGCCCUGUGCGCCGCUGUAGUUAAGCAGGAGGUAUUGGAAACCAUGAUGUUGCUGUUCAGCGGAGCAGAUGUGAUGUGUGCUACCGGCGACCCUGUCUACAGCACACCGUACUUGUUAGCCAAGAAAGCUGGACAAAGGCUGCAGAUGGAAUUUCUCCACCACAAUAAGUUUUCAGAUUUCCCUAAUUAUGAUGCUCAGUCAAACAGUGUUUCCUUUCAGGAUUCAUCAUCUACCUUUCUUUGUGAAUAUUUAUACAAACUUUCAUUCAACGCUGCAAAGCUCUUGACUGAGAGAAAAUUAAAAGAAGAGUGUAAUAAAAGGUGGUGUGCUCUGGAAAGCGGCUUUUUGAGCUAUUAUGAACACGAUAAGACUGCAUCCCCGAAUGGGAUGAUUGACAUCAGCGAAGUCAUCUGUCUUGUCGUUCAUAAGGCAGACUUCUUUUUACAUGCAGGAGCUAUAUUUACCUUUGAAAUCUACUUACUGUCAGAACGUGUUUUUCUGUUUGGUGCUGAAGCUGCACAUUCUCAAAGAAAAUGGACCCAGGCGAUUGCCAAGCACUUUGUACCCGACAUGGCCAAACGUCUGCUGGACCGGGACUACGAUGUUAUUGGCCAGCUGUAUUACAAAGACUGUCAUAACCUUGACAACUGGAAAAAAGGCUGGUUUGCAAUAGAGAAGUCGAACCUGCAUUUCUGUCUAGAACUGGAAGAUGCUCAAGAGGAUUUGAUACAUCUAAGGAGGCUCCAGGAGUUAACAACCAGCAGCAUUAUCCAAAAUGGAGAAAAAAUAGAUGUUCUGCUUCUGGUUGAGAAAGGGAGAACGUUAUACAUCCAUGGACGCACAAAGUUGGAUUUCACAGUCUGGCGUAGCGCAAUUGAAAAAGCAGCAGGUACAGAUGGCAACGUGUUAGAAGAUCAGCAGCUCAGCAAAAACGACAUCCCUAUUAUAGUGAACAGCUGUAUUGCAUUUGUUACGCAGUAUGGUUUGGGCAGUAAGCGUAUCUACCUGAACGGUGGGGAUCCCUCUAGCGUCAGCAACCUUCUAGAGUGUUUCAAAAAGGAUGCGAGAAGCGUGAAGCUGAGGGCCGGGACCAACCGACUGGAAGAUGUUACGGAGGCGCUGAAAUGUUUCCUGUCUGAAAUAGACGAUGCCCUCCUUACCAAAGAGCUUUAUCCAUUCUGGAUCUCCGCGCUAGAUACAGUGGAUGAGAAAGAGCGAGUGAGAAAAUACAGCACUUUUAUUCGAACACUUCCGCCCGUCAAUAGGGCAACGUUGGCAGCUUUAAUGGAACACCUUUACAGGGUACAGAAGUGUUCCGAAAUCAAUCGCAUGGACCCUCACAAUCUCGCCAUGGCGUUUGCCUCGUGCCUUUUUCAGACGAAAGGGCAGACUAGCGAAGAAGUCAACGUAAUUGAAGACCUGAUUAUAAACUAUGUGCAUCUCUUCGAUGUACAUGAAGACCAAGUGAAGCAAAUGGAUAUUGAGAACAGCUUCAUUACAAAGUGGAAGGAUACUCAAGUUUCACAGGCUGGAGACUUGCUAGUUGAGGUGUACGUGGAAAGAAAGGAACCAGAUUGCAGUGUUAUAAUAAGGGUAUCACCCAUGAUGGAGGCUGGAGAAUUGACCAGUGACAUAUUAGGAAUUAAGAAUAUCACGCCCCACAGGGACGACAAGUGGACUGCAUUUGAAGUGAUUGAAAAUGGAGAGCUGGAACGCCCUCUGCAUUAUACUGAAAAUGUGUUGGAACAAAUUCUUCAUUGGAGCUCUCUGCCUAACCCCAGCAGUGCAGGUCUAAUAAUCAAGAAGUUUCUGUCAGCAGACACAAGGACACUGUACAAUGAGAAGAAUGCAGAAGGCUGCGUUAAAGCCAGUUAUCUGAAAUACAAAGAAGAACCAUCCAAAUUACUUUCUGGAAAUAAGUUUCAAGAGCGCUACUUUGUUUUGCGGGAAGGAAAUCUUUUCCUGUAUAAGGAUAUGAAGAGCGCCAAGCCUGAGAAAGUGCUGCCAGUUAAAUCACUGAAGCUUUAUCUUGGAGUGAAGAAGAAAAUGAAGCCACCAACAAAUUGGGGUCUAACCCUGCAUUCUGAAAAGCACCACUGGUAUUUAUGCUGUGAUGGACCAGAUUCUCAGCUGGAGUGGUUGAGCAGCCUUUUUAUUGCACAGCAUAAUAAUAUGUGGCCACCUGAUGGAAAAAUAAGAAAACAGUCUAUGAGAAAGAAUCCCACAAUUGGUGGCUUGUCCUUAAUACCUAUCCAGCACGAGAGAAGUCCUCCAAAAACUAAAGUCAAUAAUUUGGAGAAUUCAAAACUGGACCCUGAAGGUGAGUUAGCAGAAGACAAGAAGGGUUUGAAACAAAGAGUGUCUCUGGUUGCACACUGUCUGGAACUCAAGGAAGAGAAAGCGCGGAGCCGUGAGAGAAAACACCAAAGCAUGAUCUGUUUGGAGGACGCAGGGGAAGACAUUGUGGACUUGCAACAAAACCUCCACAAGGAACCCAAGUCUCCCAAGAAAAGUGAGAACAAAACCAGUCAGACGCCUCUGGAAUCAGACAAGCAGCUUCCAGCAAAUGUUAUCCAAGAACUCAGCACCAUCCUGCAGCACAAAUCUUUCCACAAAGAAACUUAGCAGCAGCACUUC